AAGGCGACGUGGCUGCGGUGAACGGGAAGAUGGGCGACGUGUUUGCGGUGAACGAGACUGGUGUCCGCGUGGAGAUGGUGAGCGGCUGUGCCACGUGUUCCGAGCAGAGUUGGCGGCACUGUUAGAUUCGAUGGUGGGCGAAACAUUGCGGGUACUUCUAUCAAAACGGCUGAGGUUGGUCGGCGUGCGAGGUGUUGAGGGCCACGAGUUGCCACAGUAUCGGGCGACAUGACCAAUGCAGCGACAGGUGAAACAUAUCGGCUAGUCGAACGCAGUUCUCCACUCAGUCGAGUUGCGAUUACGUGGAAAGAAGCGCCGGGGUUGAGCAAAAAUAGUAGAAGGGUGUUCGUUAGCUCUGCGAUUGGCGACAGCACACACAGACUGUAAACGAAUGUUGUCAAGUUCCUGGCAAACGAUGGCUUGCACGAGGGGAACUGAAAAUGUGGUAGCAUGAGGGCUACGCGAACAUAAAGCUGCGGGCGCCAUCGCAUCCAGUUCACAUCAAACGAUUCGCACCACGUCCUUUGAUGGCGACGCAUGCUGCUGUGCGGGUUGAUCUGCACACGUCGACGUUGCGGCAGUGUUGGCAAGUCUAGCGAAUGGCUGAGAGACGCGCCAGCUUUUGGCCUUCUCGAAUUGUCGGCACUCUUUCAUGAUCGCGUCAACUGUAGAGCAGCUCUCGCAUAUGAGCAGAUUAAACGAGUCGUCAGCAAUGCCCUUAAGCACGUUCCCGAACUUCUCAGCUUCUGUCAUGUCGUGAUCAGUUUUACGACAAAGUGUCAGCACGUCCCUGAUGUAUGAGACGCAGGCCUCCGUGGGGGAUUUGGCACGGUAGGCAUGUUCCUGCUUUGCGACAAUAUCACGGCCAGCUGGUUUGCCAAACAACUCUGUCAAUUUCUCUUUGCAUUGAUCCCAGCAGGAUAGCUCCUCUUCGUGGUUUUCGUACCACACUAUUGCCGUGCCUCUUAGGUAGAACAGCAGGUUAGCUAGCAUAAGCGUAGGGUCCCAUCUGUUAAUUUCACUCAUGCAUUCGUGCAUGGUGACCCACUCUUCAACGUCGGCGCCAUCAGUCCCGCAGAAAGUGCCAGGGUGCUUGGGUUGCACAACGACAACCGAAGGUUACAGUGACGUAGCUGGCGACGGAGACGUUGGAGAUGGCAACGACGUUGAUCCCGCGUGCUCACCGUCAUCCAUGGUGCGGACAGUCAUGCGAUGUCCACUGCGUAGCUCCGUUGUCAGUCGUGGUACCCAGCACCUCCACCAAUAUGUUACGGGGAUGUUGCGAGUAGAUAAAACUAUAAUUACAAUAUAGAUGCAGGAUCAGUCAGAACAGCUAAGAUGGGUGACCACCAACAAGACACAGCAGCCAGCGUCUCCGAUCUUCUUCCUCUCUCUUCUCUAAUCCUUCCGUAACAAAAUGAAAAAAAAAAAACUGCGAGAAUAGCCUUUCAAUAAAUUUACAGCCUGCUUCCACACAAGCUUUCUGAGAAAGUAAAAUGGCCACUCCAGGAAUCUCAGAAAGAAUGGCUACAGAAAAACGUCAGCAGAUUUUCCGGAAAAGAAAGCUGUUGAAGAACUUGUGCCACGCAGAAGCAUCAGAAAAAAAGCAUCACAUAUUCUAGCGCAAAAAAAUAAACCUGCUAAAUCGCUACACUACCAAAGCGACUAAAUUACAGACCACAACUAACAAUCACAGCUUGUCAUAUAGGCUUGCGGAGAGAAACCCAAAACAAAGGCUGCACAACCUUCUAUUGAGUGCAUAGUCUCGGUAACGUCUGUCGUUGGCUCACUACUGAUAGCUUGGGAUACUUUGUUUAGCAUAUGAGUAACAGUAAACAAACUUUAUUCUUCAGCUUCAUCGAAAUAGUUUGUUAGUUUUGAAAAUUCUAAAAUAGGAUUUUUUUUUCUUUUCAAAUACGAACAUGAAUAAUUACUGUAGAACAUUUGAUUCAUGUUGAAGCCCUAGGAGAUUAGGCAAGCGCUGCAUCCCACCUUUUCUUUAGUCUCUUUUUUUAUUCUCCAACAGAACUAACACGAGAAGCUGGAACUGACACUUGAAAUAUUCUGCUUCUGUAAAGAGAAAGAAGAAAAAUGCGUAAGCGUAUUCACCUGCAUGCACAUACGUAACGAGCGUAGGUGCAACUUGACGCGUUUUUACGCAGAUACAAAAAACACCAAGCCGACGGACAAAAUUCUACCGCUUACUUUUUUUUAUCAGUCACGUGCUUCCAACCGGUGUGCUUUGUAAACAAGUUAUUUUCAUUCUACGGCUUACACACCCGCAUGAAGCGUGUAUAUCUCGCAGUGUCCGAUAAAAACUCACUUCAAUGUGCCGACAUCUGCCAGAGCAGAUGGGACAAAAGUGUCUCUCGAGAUGUUUUCUCCCGCUCUAUGCAUGUCAGUGACCUUGUUUUGCAUGUGCUUGAAGCAUAUUUGUAUCUCCCAUGUCCUCGCGCUGAAAAGACUUUCUGGUUCACGCUCCUUCCCGUGCCUCUGCUGUGCGUCUUCUUCAAUGCAUUCCGUCAAUGAAGUCAUAUCCAGCACGAUAACACAAGGACAUCACAUAUUAGCCACUUCUUCCUUUCAUUGAAUUUCUACCUAGCGCAUCGCAGCUGCGGUGUGCACCAGGUAGUGGACCCAUGGCGCUGGCUUUGGACUCCUUGAAGAGCGACCCAUCGUUCGGGCUGGACUCGAGACGCAGCUGGGUGACGGCGGUAUUUCUGAGCAUAUCCUUGACCAUGGUGAUGACUGCGCAGCAUUCGGUGGGUGUGCUCUUCUAUGGCAUCGUACACAUAUACGGUGUGAGCAGGCAGGAAGCGUCGUGGCCACUUGUGCUGACCAACAGCCUGGCUUGUUUGGCAGGUCCAGUCAUGGGGUUUCUCUGCGGCCGGUGCUCCUGUCAAGUCGUGUUGCUCGUGUCGACCUUAACAGCAGGCGCUUCAGUCUGCGCUUGUUUCUUCGCUGACAGCAUAUUCGCUUUAAAUAUCCUGUUCGGAAUUGUCCACGGAACAGCGGUGUGUGGCGUUCACGUGGCCGUUACCGUCAUCGUGUCCCAGCACUUCGAGAAACGCCGUGCAACAGCGUGCAGCGUAAUUUACACGGCCAUGUGCAUCAACAGCGCUUACUUGCCCCCCUUGACUGAGCUCCUUCGAGUAAAUUAUGGGGUUCAUGGCACCUUCCUUUUAAUCGGUGGCAUGGUUCUAAACGCAUUUCCUCCGGUUCUCGCCGUCCAAAGUCCGGAGUGGACAAAACUGAAAAAGCGUUUACUCAGCGAAACGGUGCACAGUCCUGUCAAGGACAAUGAGAAGAUUCCGAAUAAUCAUCUCCUGCCUGCAGGUGACACGCGGAAUGGGUACUUUCCCGGUGACGCCGAAAUUCCGAACGGCACAGCGCACAAAACAAUGUUCGCUGAAGUAUCACUCCGUCAGAACGACGACUCCGGCCUCAAGACCGUCCCAUUGCUCUCGUCAGAUGAGAAAUCAGUGGACAAGGACAACGCGGCCAAGCCAAGUUUUUCUCUGAUUGUUAGACAAUUCGCCAGCGUGCCUUUCGCCGUGAGUGCGAUAUCCUUCGCUGUCAUCGCGCUAGGAAUGUCGACAUUUAUGUUACUUUCUGUGGACAUUGCCGUGGACCGAGGGAUCCCUUCAUCCAGCGGUGUCUUUCUCCUGAACGCCUUCGCAGUGACAGACAUUGUGGCGAGGCCGUUAAGUGGCCUGAUAAUCGACUCUGGUUUUUUAUCAUUAGAGAGCGUUAUGCUAAUCGGAUUCAUUAUCCAAUUCUUGGCGCUAGAACUCUUCGUGUGGUUAGAGCAUUUCCCGCUUAUGCUGGCUUCCUCUGCGCUAUUUGGUGUCAGUAACGGACUGAGGAUCACUCUGCUCGCGCCUUUUCUCGUUAAAGACUUUGGAAUGGACCGAAUGCCACACUUGCUUGGUGGCGUGUCCUUCUGUAGUGGCCUCGUCCUGCUCACAAGACCAUUUCUUGUUGGUUACUGGAGGGACCACCUGGGUUCCUACGAUGGCCUUCUUCAUUUUGUGGCUAUAGUAAACGCUGUCGUUGCGGUCAUGUGGAUGGCGAAGCUUUAUGUGCGGAGACGGCAACAACGGCUUAUAUAGUAAAAUAAAAAACUUGUAUUUAUACCAGAGAACAACGCUUUUUAUUUCAGUUUUUUUUAACAGAGAACUACAUUAAGCGAUGUUUACUCGGGGAUUGCAAUGUUGAGUUGCCAUUGACAUGAUAUCAAAUGUGAAACGUGACUCGAUGCAUUUUCCCUUUGAGAAUGUCACCAACAUUACCCACAAUUAGCCUUGUACUCGACUGAGAGGCCUGCCAUAGUCAACUGUAUCAGCCGGCUGUAGAAUCGUUGGCAUCACCACUUUAGGUGCAGCAUAAUUGGCCUACCUGCCCGCUUCGCGACAUGACCACUUUCGUGCGUUUUAUUCGUGAGGCGUGUUGAUCCUGGACUUAGGCCACGCAAGAGUAACUGGGUGAGUGCCGGGGGUGGCGCGACAAGUAGCCGACCUACAAUGAAAGUGUAAGACCCGAUUCCAACAGUCGUCUCGUCAACCUUCCCGUCCCGUCAAAGUAACGCCAGAAGCGUCCAUCAGGCAGCAGCAUUUCUUCGCUGUUUUCUCCUGGAGAAAAAGAUGACGGUGCCGGUAAAAGUCACAGUUCAAGAGGGACGGAUAACUAAAAAAGUCACAGUACAAGCGCCACAAUUGUUUAUUCGCCUAGCCGACCAAAUGCUAGUGUGGUGUGCAGUUCUUCAUUUUUCGUCUCUGUUGCGCUAUCUAAAGUUAUGGAACCGAAACAACCAUCGCGGUCCUAGUGGCUUCAAACGCAUCAGCGAUCCGUUUUUGGAAGAAUACGGUGAGUGAACGUUUGAUUGUGGAUGUCGCCCACAUAAUUUUUCCACGACGGAGAGGUUGACGGCUGUGAUAAUGAGGCCUGAAGUAAACUGGACAUAUUCCGGAGGUAGUGUUGUCAAAUUUCGGCUUAUGCCGGACACUUAGGAUUCAAGAAAGAGCGAGUUGGUGACAAAUCAUGACCCUGUUUCACGAUACAUUCCUUCACAAGGCAAGUUAGUUUGUAAAGUGGGCUGAUUCUAGAGGCAGUCUAUAUAAAUUGGCGGCAGUGCUGAUACUGUCAAGAGGCGUUAUAGUUCAAUUGAUAAAACACUCAGAUAGCAGAGCAC